AUGGCAUCCAUUCUAUUCGAAGAAACCAGCUUAAAACCUAUCCGUCGCAAGCAACUCCUCAAUAACAUUGUCGACGGUUUAGCAAAAGUUCGACCCGGUACCAUCUACGCCGAAGUCCCACGAUCCGCCACCAGCUACGAGUGUGGAUACCGCAAGAUCAGCUAUGCUAACUUUGCAAAUGCAAUCAAUGGUCUCGCUCAUUGGCUGCACGAUACUCUUGGUCCUGCGGAAAACUUUCCUACUUUAGCUUAUAUUGGUCCGAACGAUUUCCGGUACAAUGCGCUGAUGUUGGCUGCUGUGAAAGCGGGGUAUAAGAUGUUCUUCAGUUCCCCGCGAAACAGUAUACUAGCCCAUGCGAAUCUCUUCAAGAUUCUGGAGUGUAAAGUCCUCAUCACAGUUAACCCCGUUCUCCCCAUGACACACUCAAUCAUCGAAGCCACCGGCGCCCGAGCAAUCGAGUGUCCAGAUGUGGACGAAUUGCUCGAUAACAUUUACCCUCACUAUCCCUUUAACAAAACAUUCGAACAAGCACGAAAAGAACCAUUGGUCGUUCUACAUACUUCUGGAACCACGGGGUUUCCGAAGCCUAUAGUGUGGAACCAUGAGUGGGUAGCUAGUUGGAGUGAUUGGCUUGCGAUUGCUCCUCCGGAUGGUUAUACGAAUCAAACUGCGUUGUGGACUUCGACGAGACUUUUGAAUACAUUACCGCCUUUUCAUGCAGGCGGAAUAUUCAUGACACUCUUAAAUGCAGUAUUCAACCAGACACCUCUCAUCUACCCCCUAUCCGGCGUGCCCCUCUCGACACAAAUCGUACUCGAAGCACUCAAGCACGUGAAAGCAGAUAGCGUUCUUCUCGCUCCACCAUUCGUCGAAGAAGUUGGUAAAAACCCCGAAAUGCUAGACUUCCUCGUCAAAAAUAUCGACGUACUUCUCUACGGCGGUGGCGACGUCUCACAAGCCACAGGAGACAAGAUCUCCAAGCGACUCAAACUAUCCAUGAUUAUAGGAUCUACAGAAAGCGGUGCGUACCCGGCCGUCUUCCCAAGCGAUAAAUGGCCAUCUGAAGAUUGGAAAUAUUUCCAUUUCCAUCCCAACGCUGGGAUUGAACUAAGAUCACAUUCCGAAAACCGUUAUGAAGCGGUUCUCAUUCGCAAUACGGAUUCUGAGAAAGUACAACCUAUUUUCUCCGUGUUUCCAUCACUGAAUCAAUGGGAAACCCACGAUCUAUAUGCUCCACAUCCUUCAAUUCCAGAUCUGUGGUUAUAUUCCGGACGAAGCGAUGAUAUUAUCGUCCUUCUAACUGGCGAAAAAACGAAUCCUGUCAGUAUGGAACAACAAAUAUCACAUCAUCCUGAAGUACGAGCUGCGCUUGUCAUUGGUGCGCACCGAUUCCAAACCGCGUUGUUGAUUGAAUUGAUAUCUCCCCAAGCACUUUCUACUGUGGAACGAGCAAAGGCAAUCGAACGUAUAUGGCCGACUAUUCAGCAAGCAAAUCAGGAAUGUCCUCGCCAUGCCAAAGUUGCUAAAUCUCAUGUCUUCUUCACUAGUCCGGAUAAACCUAUGGGAAGAUCAGGGAAGGGGAUGGUUCAGAGACAACCAACACUUGAUUUGUACUCGAAAGAAAUCGACAAUCUUUAUGCCGACGCGGAUAAAAUGUCGAGCUCAACUUCACUAAACCUUUCAGCACCCGAAAUUGAAAAGCUUAAAAUAGAUACGAAUGACAGUAUCUCCAUAAGUCGAUUCAUCCACGAUAAUAUUUCCCAGCUUAUAGGAAGCAUCACAUUUCAGGAUGAAGACGACUUAUUCAUUCGAGGAAUGUUGGAUUCUUUACAAACCCUUCGAUUGACCAGAAUAUUGAAAAACACUUUUGCGAUCCCGGAAUUGGAAAUUACUACACUGUAUACCAAUCCUUCGGUUAAAUCUCUUGCCGAGGCGAUAAUCCAGCUUUCUUCGCUCCACGAAGCGGAGAAGUCUUCGGAUAGUAAGUCUAGAGAGCAAGGUAUUCAUGAUAGCUUGGUUGAAUAUAAGGCUAUCUUAGAUGAGAUCGCUCCCCCAGAUAACCAGACGCACUUGAACGGGGUAAAAGAAGCAGAUGGCACUUCAUCAGAAGAAAGGAUUGUUGUCCUCACAGGCUCCACCGCUCACGGCCUUCCUACCGAAUUUCCUUCAAAUCGCGUCACAUUUCUCCAAGCCAAUCUCUCAGAUGAACGAUUAGGUCUCGAGCCCGAAAUAUUCGAAAAGGUCAAAGCCUCCGCAACACAUAUAAUCCACAAUGCAUGGCCUGUAAAUUUCAACAUUCCACUAUCGUCUUUCCAUCCCAACAUCAAAACCGUCAUCAAUUUGCUUGAAUUUGCAGCUACCGCAUCUCAAACACCUUCUCUAAUGUUUCUCUCAUCCCUUAGCUCCGUCGGUAAUUUUUCAGGAGAUGUCCCCGAAAGCGUAAUCACAGAUACAUCAGCAUCUCUUCCAAUGGGCUACUCGGAAUCAAAAUUCAUCGCCGAAAACCUCCUUGCCUAUGCCGCAGAUAGAUUUCCCCAUGUAUCCAUUAGCAUAGCUCGCGUAGGACAAAUCGCAGGUCCGGUCUCCACUACCGGAAUCUGGAACAAACAUGAGUGGUUUCCAAGUCUCGUGCUUAGCUCUAUACAUCUUGGUAUUAUACCCGAAUCACUUGAUUCAACCGACCGUAGCGAAGUUGACUGGGUGCCUAUUGAUCUCAUCGCUGCUAUACUUGUGGAACUUGUAUUGUUCCAGAGAAACGAUCACAACCACGGUGCCAAAGUUUAUCAUCCCGUCAAUCCUGUUCUCGUUCCGUGGAAGUCAUUAUUACCUAACAUUAUUAAUACCGCUACAGUAGGGCAAGAAAACAAAAUUACUCCUGUACCUUUUGCGAAAUGGAUUGAGCGUGUUCGAAAAGACGCCGAGGAUUUACAUUCAAAGAUUGAUUUUGAAGAAAUGUUGGAAAAGAACCCGGCUAUCAAGCUAUUGUCCUUUUAUGAAGGAUUAGCAAAGGGAAGAGGUACGAGUAUCUUGGAGAAUAAGAAAACAGUACAGGCAAGUGGGAACUUGCGUAGGUUGAAAGGUAUUGAGGGAGACUGGGUUGAGAAGUGGGUACAUGGUUGGAUUGAAUGA